GGCUGUGUAAGAAGACUAGAAGGCAGUUGUUUUAGGAUUCUCAAGGGUUCCAGAAGUUGCCAAAGGAAGAGAAACGGUGCUGCCUUUCCUGCUUCUUCAUAUCCCUUCCAGGCAUCCAAAGGUAAGAGGUAACAGAAAUGAAAAGACUUUGGUACCUCGUUGCUGGAUUGCUUUUAAUGAUCGCUCAAAGCACCUGGCAAAGCCCCCUUCAAGAUACAGAAGAGAAAUCCAGAUCAUUCAAAGCUUCCCAGGCUGAACCAUUAGAUGACCCUAGACAGCUGAAUGAAGUGAAACGCCACUCACAAGGUACAUUCACCAGCGAUUACAGCAAGUACUUGGACACGAGACGAGCUCAAGAUUUUGUACAGUGGUUAAUGAACACUAAAAGAAGCGGACAACAAGGACUUGAAGACAGAGAGAAAGAAAACUUCCUGGACCAGCUCUCAAGUAAUGGACUUGCCCGGCGUCAUGCUGAAUAUGAGAGACAUGCUGACGGCACCUAUACCAGUGACAUCAGCUCUUACUUGGAAGGUCAAGCUGCUAAGGAGUUCAUUGCUUGGUUAGUGAAUGGGCGAGGAAGAAGAGAUUUCUCAGAAGGAGCUCAUACAGGUGAAGAUCUUGGUCGAAGACAUGCAGAUGGCACUUUCACCAGUGAUUACAACAAACUCCUGGAUGACAUGGCUACCCAAGAAUUCUUGAAGUGGCUGAUUAACCAAAAAGUGACCCAGAGGGACCUUCAGGGAGAGUACCAAUAAGAUGCAGAAAAAAGCAUGGCAUCAAGGUCUUCUCUAUAUCCACUCUCAGCCACUGGAAUUUAUUUUUUAUUUUUUAUUUUUGAAUUUUAAUAUUUUUUCUCUGUAUUCUAAAACCACAGAUCUUGACAUGCAAGGAAAUGAAUUUCACUAUUUUAUCCUACUAUGGAGGGAUUUUAAAAUGAGUGUUCCCUUGUCAGCUGGAAAUAGCUAAAAUCACAAUAUUACUGGUCAAAAUGUUUGUUCUAUGUUUUCAGAUCUUUCUGAAAGAUCUUUAAGGAAGCUCUCAAAAAGGCCCCAAGCAAAUGUGUUCACAAGACCAUUCUUUUAUUUUUUUUCUAUGAAGAUAAUAUGUAUAUAAAAAACAAUGCACCCAACUAGUAUGAACCAUUAUCAACAAGGCUGACAGCUAAAAUUGUGGGGAAAUUUCCUUCUUGAAACCUUUGUUAUAAAAAGGCUCCAUUUUCCAGACCAUCAGUGAAUAGUCUUGAAUAAAUAAAUGAAUAAAUAAAACAAAUUACACUGCU